GUAAAAACAAUCCAUUCAAAACAAUAAAAAAAAACAAAAACAAAAAUGGCGUUUGCUCCAAAGAUCAUCACAUGCCUCCUCGUCCUUACGGUCUACAUGGCUGCCGCAUCAGAGUCAAACAUAACGUGUGGGACAGUGACGAGCUCACUGGCACAGUGCGUGGGCUACUUGACCAACACUGGUCCAUUGCCAUCAGACUGCUGCGCGGGAGUCAAAUCAUUGAACCAAUUGGCUCAGACCACACCGGACCGUCGACAAGUAUGUGAGUGCCUUAAAUCAGCAGCUAAGGAAAUCGAUGGCCUCAAUACUGACCUUGUGGCCGAACUCCCUACCACUUGUGGUGUUUCAGUUCCCUACACCAUUAGUUUCAGCACCAGUUGUGACAAGAUAUCGAUUGCCGUGUAAAAGAGGCUAUAGAGAAUUACGACAAAUCAGAGUUGCCAGCUUUGAAGCUAAAUAAAAAGUAUUAUGCUGCUAUUUCCCAUUUUAUGACUUCAUUUUCUUAUUAUGUAAUCAACUACAUUUCAUAUGGUAAUAAUGACAAAGGAUCUCUCUCUAUCUUUCUCUCU